AUGUUUCCUUCAAACAAAUAUAAUAUUGAUUCUAUCUAUCUAUCUAUCUAUCUAUCUAUCUAUCACUGCCAUUUUUCAAAUUCCUUCCGUUUAUUUUUCUUACCUGCUAUUUCACCAGACGAGGCCAACUGUCUUCGAUUGCUUUCGUCGUCCUGGCGUCAUAGUUUCCUUCUUCCUGCCUCGUGGUUUUCUUUCUUUUUACUUUCUUGCCAUCUUUCUUUCUUUCUUUCUUUCUUUCUUUCUUUCUUUCUUUCUUUGCUUGCCUGCUUCCUUCUUUCCUUCCUUCCCCCUUUCUUUAUUUAUCUUACUUCUUUCUUUCUUUCUUUCUUUUUUUCUUUCUAUUACCUACUAAUUAUUUUUUCUUUUGAUAUUUUUGGCGACCUUUUCUUUCUUUAUUUUUACGUUCUCUCUUUCUUUCCUAGUUCUUUGUUUUUUCUUUCUUCCUUUCCUUUCUUCCUUUCUUUCUUUCCUUCUUUCUUUCUUUCUUUCUUUCUUUCUUUCUUUCUAUUAAUUAUUGAUAAUUCUCUCUUUUCAUAUUAUUGGCGUCAUUUCUUUCAUUCUUUUUUUUUUCUCAUCUUUCUUUCUAUUAUCUCUUGA